AUGCUGCAUCGACGCUGCAUUGUCGUACGCAUUCCGUUCUCGCUGGCGAUCCGCACGCAGAUCGAAGACAUCUUGUUGCCAAUGUACGGUGUCCACACGCUGGAGGCCAGGAACUUGGUAUUAGCAAACCUAUCAAAGCCGAAGAAUCUGAACACACGAGCUUCAGACGACAAAGUAGACGGAGAUGACGCCGAGGACCUGCUGUUCGAACAGUCUGUCGCUCACACCCUCGAUGAACCCACUCUUAGACGACUGGCACGAGAAUUCGCCGACAAACUGCCAGAAGGCCGUUUCACACCCGCUGCCAUCCAGGGCUACCUGCUGACCCGGAAAUGA